AUGAUGAUGAUGAUGAUGCUGGACACGCGCAUGUGUAACACGCUGCUUGUCGCGGAGUCUGAGGAGGACAUGACGUGGAAACAGGAGCUGCCCGGCACCAGCUUCCCGACCGCGAGUCAGUACACAGAGGACAACGAAUCGUUUGACAGCACGUCGGACGGCUCUCACAAGGACUACCUCGCAGCUUCAAUGAUGUUCCAUCCCGGUCACUUCGCGUGUGAACGCAUCUGGAUGUCGUUCUUCAGGCUCCACCCGCGACUCAAGACAGGAUCUGCCCCCAGCCGCGUUAGCCGAGGAAUCAAAGCCCUGCGAUCGGUUCUGAAUGCAUUCUCCGUCAGCAACAGGAAGAACAUGUUUGUUCUGGAGAGUUCCGGAAACGUGUUUUACCUCAG